AUGAAGGGUAAACCAAAGCGGCAGCAGGCGUGCGAGAAUGGGGACAGGGAGGCAAAGCUCAGGCGCAUGCAAAAGAACAGCAGGGUUACUGCAAGCAAUGAGCUUCUUGCCGAGCGCCCAGGGGAGGGCACUGGCAACCAGGGCGAAGAGGAUGAGGAUGAGGUUCCUCCCCCGGCUUCUGCAGCCAGCAGCAACUCAGAAGCUGAAGCAACAGAGGAUGAGGGCCUGCAGUCCCCCAAGGCUCGCACACCCCCAAGUUCCGUUGCAGGCAGUGACGCCGAAGCCGAGGCACCACAGGAUGAGGAUCCGCAGUCGCCAAAAGUUCCCACGCCCCCAAGUUCCGUUGCAGGCAACGACUCCGAAGCUGAGGCACCGCCGGAUGAGGAUCCACAGUCGCCCAAGGUGCCCACACCCCCAAGUUCCGUUGCCGGUGGUGACACCGAAGAAGAGGCCCCAGAGGAUGAGGAUCUGCAGUCACCAAAGGUGCCCACACCCCCAAGUUCUGUUGCCGGUAGUGACAACGAAGCCCAGGCGCAGCAGGAUGAGGAUCUGGAAUCACCAAGGGUUCCCACGCCCCCAAGUUCCGUUGCCGGUAGUGACUCUGAAGCCGAGGCACCGCAGGAUGAGGAUCCGGAAUCACCAAAGGUUCCCACACCCCCAAGUUCCGUUGCCGGUAGUGACAACGAAGCCGAGGCGCCGCAGGAUGAGGAUCCGGAAUCACCAAAGGUUCCCACACCCCCAAGUUCCGUUGCCGGUAGUGACAACGAAGCCGAGGCGCCGCAGGAUGAGGAUCUGCAGUCACCAACAGUUCCCACACCCCCAAGUUCCGUUGCCGGUAGUGACGCCGAAGCCGAGGCACCGCAGGAUGAGGAUCUGCAGUCACCAACGGUGCCCACACCCCCAAGUUCCGUUGCAGGCAGUGACGCCGAAGCCGAGGCACCAGAGGAUGAGGAUCUGGAAUCACCCAAGGUUCCCACGCCCCCAAGUUCCGUUGCCGGUAGUGACUCUGAAGCCGAGGCACCAAAGGAUGAGGAUCCGCAGUCGCCAAAGGUGCCCACACCCCCAAGUUCCGUUGCCGGUAGUGCUUCUGAAGCCGAGGCACCAGAGGAUGAGGAUCCGCAGUCGCCAAAGGUUCCCACACCCCCAAGUUCCGUUGCCGGUGGUGACACCGAAGAAGAGGCCCCAGAGGAUGAGGAUCUGCAGUCACCAAAGGUGCCCACACCCCCAAGUUCUGUUGCCGGUAGUGACUCUGAAGCCGAGGCACCACAGGAUGAGGAGCUGGAGCCCCCAAACGUUCCCACGCCCCCUAGUUCUGCUGCAGGCAGUGACGUCGAAGCGGAAGCACCCCAGCACGAGGAGCGGCAGUCACCACAGGCAGAAGAGGAUGACGAUCCGCAGUCCCAAAGGGUGGCCACACCCCCAAGCUCGGCUGCAGGCAGCGACUCCGAAGCCGAAGCAGCUAGCAAGGAGCUGACAAAGGGCCCUCUGCCAGAAGAAAGCGCCGGCAACUGUGGCAGCAGCAGCGAUGAGACAAUUUCCCCUGCAAAGGCAACCAGCAAAGGACUGGCAAAAGCAAAAGCGAAGGGGAAAGCAACGGCGAAGGGGAAAGCAAAAGCGAAGGGGAAAGCAACAGCGAAGGGGAAAGCAAAGUCGAAGAACUACAAGCACCCUGACCACAAGUUGAUCCUGGCCGCCCGUGGCCUUCGAACAACUGCCGAUUUGAAUGCCUCGAAGAAGCCGGAAACGAAGAAGAAGACGGCUGCCGCCUGCCAACACAUUCCCUUGAUGUUGCAGAAAUGUAGUUUUGUGAGAACAGCGCUUCCUGUUCGCAGCUUGCAAGACACAUCCAAGGAAUCCUUCAAAGAUGUGGUGCUGGCCCAGGACUUUACAAAAUCUGCGUUCAGGGUUACCAUGGACCGUUGUCAGCAGCUUGCGCUACAGCAUGCAAAGCUAUCUGUUCCUGAUCCCGCAAAGCAGCUUGAGAUGUUGAAAAACCGUCGAAAUGCCGGCAAGCGUGGGGGAGCAGCGAAUCUCAGUCAUGAACUGAACUACAUCGUAGACACCAUUGCCAAAGCGCAGGAGGGGUGGAAAGUGGAGACAAGAAUCAGGCUGUCCGGGAAGCAGAAGGGCAACAGCUACAAAUGCUACAAGUCUCCUGAUGGCCUUUGCUACUGGUCUCUGAAGAAGGCGCAGGAAGCAGGCUUCAAGGGGUUCCUCAGAAGAUUGCGUAGCAAAUCCAAUGCUUCGCUCUUAAGGAGCACGAGUAGUCUUGGUCAGCGCAAGCGCCGAAGGAAGAAGCUGACGCAGCACAAUCGUGCUCGUCACAACAAGUAG